ACAGCAGGUAAACGGCUCGCCGUUCUCCCCAAAUCCCCCAAACCAAAUCACCCUCUCUCCGUCUUGCGAGCGACCAGCCCAUUUCGCUUCGAGAGGCAGCGGGAUCGAAGGAAGGGAGGCGGGGAGAAGAUGGGUGGCGGCAUGGAGGUGCAGAAGAACCGGUGGAUCGAGGAGUGGAACGCCGGCCGCGAGAACCUCGAGUUCAACUUCCGCUGGACCCGCCGCAGCCUCGCCCUCGUCGGCCUCUUCGGUCUCGCCGUCCCCAUCCUCGUCUACAAGGGCAUCGUCCGCGAAUUCCAUAUGCAGGACGAGGACGCCGGUCGGCCGUACAGGAAGUUCCUCUGAGCCGCGCGCCUCCGGUGGACGUCGAGCACUCGGGCUGGCUGUGAGGAGUCUCCGUUUGGUUUGUGACCGUACUGUUUUACUCUGAAUCUGAUGGGGCAUUCUGGAACCCUGAAUUGCUGUGUGGGAUCCCAAUGAAUAAGCUGUAAUGACUUGUUGUCUUUUCAAUUGCUGAAACUCGACAUGUUUGAAUUGAUUUGGUAAAUUUGUGGUGAAUAACAGCUUUGCCCGGUUUUGUUUA